AUGGAAGCGUACAGUAACUUUUGAUGAACGAGCUUUAAUUCCUCAUAUAGGAGAAGCAAAAAUUUAGCUAAUGACUUGGAUAAAAAGGCAAGCUUCUUUAUUUUUCUUGAACUAUGGCAAAAGAAAAUGGAAGAAAAAGAGGAUCUUAAUAAAAAUAAGGAUGCACAGGGAUUAUAUUAUGCUGUGAAUGAGAAACAAAAAUUGAAGAAAAGCUUAGAUUCCAGCAUGCAAGAGGAGGAAAAAUAUCUUCCAAAGAUUGAUCUUAUUCAUAAAAAUAAUCAUAAAAGGCCCCAAUUUAAGUUAAAUUUUGAGAAGGUUAAAGUUGAAGAGAAUAAAGAAAACUCUUUUGAGUAUAACAAAAGAGAAAAUCUAGAGAAGCUUCAAGUUACUGAAAAUACUAAUCCAGAGAAAAAAUUAAACCUUAAGAAAAGUUUCAAAUUAGAUUUAACAAAAUUAAAAUCCCAGUCUGAAGAUAAAGAGAAGUCACCAAAAGAAGAAACUAAAACUGGAGAUGUCAUUCAAAAGAACGACUUUAGUGAAAAAACAAAGAAAUUGGGAAUUCCUUUGUUAAAUUUAGUAAAAAUUGAUGGUCCAAAAGACUCUUGCUCUGAUCAUGAAAAUGAUCCAAACAAUCGUAGUCCAAUGAAAGAGCAGGUAGAAUUUAUUAACAGAAAGGAUAUCGAAAAGACCCAAUCCGCUCAAAAUCAACAAGUACUGCCUCCAGUUCUAGAAGAGGACAAGGAACCACAAAGAGAAAGCAUCCAGUUUUAUAGAAAUGAAAAUCAUCUUGACCAUACUGAAGGAGUCAUUGAUACUGACCAAAUUGUACUCGAGGGUGAAGCUUUAGAUCCAGAAUUUAGAAUGAACGAAGAUAGAAAACAAAUAAAUGAGGAAAGUAUGGUGCUACCUGUCUAUGAUCAUGCUUUACAAAGAAGAAAAGACAAAGUUGAUGAAAUUGACCCAAAUAAGCCACAAGUUGCAAGAAGACCUGCAGAAUAUGAUGAAGACUUAGAAGCUCUUGAUCAAAGACUUUUUGAAAGAAGACCUCGGGAGUUUAAUUUAGAGGAAUUUAAAUAAACUAUGUCAGAAAACAUAUCAAGAGCCUAAUGACCCAAUUCCUAAUGUAGAUGAUUUAUUAAGAGCAUAUAAGAAAUAUGGGCUCGAGAAGUACUCCAAAUAUUUGAGUGAAGAUAAUCCUCUAAAUAGUGUAACUAGUCCCUCAAUAGAUAUGGGGAAGGCCCCAUAUCUAUUCUCUUACAGAGAGAAUGCGAGUUCUCAGAUCUUCUUGGUGCCAAAAUGUAUAAAGCCUCACUACAUGGUGGUAAAGUAUUCGAAUAUCUGACCUUAUUAAU